CGCCGACGGCAACUACGAAGUCCGGUACAAGAGUAACGUCCUCAUCUAUCCCUAUGGAGAAGUCCUCUGGGUUCCUCCUGCUAUCUACCAGAGUUCCUGCACGAUAGACGUGACGUACUUCCCGUUCGAUCAGCAGACUUGCCUCAUGAAGUUCGGUUCCUGGACCUUCAACGGAGAUCAAGUGUCCCUCACGCUCUACAACGACAAGAAUUACGUGGAUCUCUCUGACUACUGGAAGUCCGGCACGUGGGAUAUUGUAGAGGUGCCAGCCUUCCUAAACGUCAUUCCGAGCGAGAAGGGUGCCACGGAGACCGACAUCACCUUCUACAUCACCAUCAGGAGGAAGACCCUGUUCUACACCGUCAACUUGAUUCUUCCAACGGUCCUCAUCUCGUUCCUUUGUAUUCUCGUCUUCUACUUGCCGGCCGAAGCAGGAGAGAAGGUGACACUCGGUAUCUCCAUUCUGCUGUCACUGGUUGUGUUCCUGUUGCUGGUGUCGAAAAUCCUGCCCCCGACCUCCCUGGUGCUGCCGUUGAUCGCCAAGUACCUCCUGUUCACCUUCGUCAUGAACACGGUGUCUAUCCUCGUCACCGUCGUCAUCAUCAACUGGAACUUUAGGGGCCCGCGGACGCACAGGAUGCCCAACUGGAUCCGCGCUGUGUUCCUCAAGUUCCUGCCCAUCAUGUUGUUCAUGAAACGACCGAGGAAGACACGCCUGCAUUGGAUGAACGACAUGCCUCCUGCCAUGGUUGAUCCCCAAGUGACAAACAACCCUCUCGGUCUCCCUCUCACAGCUGGCGUUCCUCCCCACCACCACUUUGGCUCUCCGGAACUUAACAAAUCCACGAGCAAGAUUGAGCACAUGGAACUGUCCAGUCUGCACCAUCCCAAUUGCAAAAUCAAUCGAGAGUCUCCACUGUUGCAGAUGCCUCGUCGUGAGUCUGAGAGUUCAGACUCGCUUUUCAUGACUCCUGAAGCUUACAAGGCCACAGAAGCUGUCGAGUUCAUCGCUGAGCACUUGAGAAAUGAAGACGAGUACAUACAGGUGCGGGAGGACUGGAAAUACGUUGCCAUGGUGAUUGAUCGUCUCCAGCUUUACAUUUUCUUUGCAGUCACCACAGCAGGCACUAUCGGGAUUUUGAUGGAUGCCCCGCACAUAUUUGAAUAUGUAGACCAGGAUAAGGUUAUUGAAAUGUAUAGAGGGAAGUGAAGUGUUGUGUGGGUGGUCUGUGUGUUGGCAUUCAUGUGUAUAAUGUAAAAUUUGGAGAAAAAAAAUGAAGAAGCAUAAAAAAAAUGCAUAAUGAAGAAAGAGAAAGAUAGGAAAUGGUU